AAAAAAUGACAGAAAUCAAGAAUGACCAAAACCUUCAUGUAAAUUCUAAGAAAUCAUGACUGUUCAGGAUUGAUUCCAGGAAAUCAUGAAACUUUGUCAAAUAUCUAUGAUUACCUACACUGUGGUUGAAUUUGAAAAAGAGAAGACAGUUGCAAUUGUGUGUCGAACUUGGAUUGUGGCAAAUGGAAAUGUUUUGAGCUGCUACUGGCCUUCAUCUGAGCCAACAAAGAAGGCAAAAAAUGGAGAACUGCCAGAUAAGAAGACAUGGAAACUUUUCAAGAUAAGAAUUAUAGAAAAAUCCUUUACGUCAAAUUAUGAAAAGGCUGUGAAGUACCUGAGGCGGGCCGAGGAGCUCUCUAAUGUGGAAACAGAUGGAGACACCCAAAUAAAAAAAAGAGCACAUAAGCGACCUAGUCGUUUUGAAAGUGACACUGAGGAUGAAUGUGUCACACCAGCAAAGCGUCCUCGCUUCCAGUGUCUGGCUGGAAACAGACCUCAAGCUCCUGUCUUUACAGAGAACAGGCAGGAGCAUGAGCCAUUGCCACAAGUCACAUCAGCAAUGCCCUAUCAAAACGGAUGUCAAGUGACAAACGAAGAGCAAAACUACCUCACACUGAAUAGAAAAAUUGACGAAGUGAUCAGAGAGCUGCGUCAGUUUAGAGAAAUCAUAAUGCAACAGCAGCAGCAGGUGGUUGAAGAGCAGGCCCAUGUCGAACAAAUGCAGACAGAAGAAGAGCUGUCAGCGUUUUGUUCAAAACUCAAUGAAGAAAGGUCAUUCAGAAAAUCCAUGAUUGCUUUCAGCGUCAGGUUUUGCUCUGGGACAGUUGGCCAAUCAGUUCGACGAAUGAUGCGGGCAUUUGGGACAAACAUGCUGUGGUCCAACUUCAGUCUGAAAGGAAGAAAAGGGAAAAAAGUGUUUCAGGACCUUCCCAUCAUGCGUCUUAUCACAAGAGCAUGCCUUCAAACAUUUAAGGCUGCUAAGAUGGCAGAGAUAGAGGGAGAAGUGGCAGAGUGUUUAAAACAUGCCCCGCAUAAACGUGGAGGACCAAAAAACCUAAGGAUUGAUGUACACAGAGCAGAAGAUGACGAUGAGGAGGUUGCUUUCUUACAUGCGACGGUGCUGUCCAUGGCUGUGGUGCUGAAUUGGCUGUGCCCGCGCCCUCACUCACAACUCUCUCAAGCCCCGCUUACUCUGGCAGCAUCUCGCAGUGCUCAUUUUCAUACCACGGGUGCUAAACCAGCUUGCAAACUCUCUAAUUAUACAUGCAGAUAUUCAUAUGAGGAGUUUAAGAAAAAAAAAAAAGUUUAUUUCCAACGUGCAGAUUACGUUAUUUUAUUUUUGGGGGACUGAUCAGCCUGUUUGAUUGCUCCUCUGAGUUCGAUUGCUUCAGUCUGUUGUGCUGCUGAGAGGUUUGUGUUUGUAGCUCCGUGUACCUUCGCUUUUUAUUGAAUCUCUACUUUACUUUCAAUCCCUUUUGUCUAAAGUGAUAAUAUAUAACUUAAUUCCCACCAUAUUUCUGGUGUUAUCUUUCAAACUAAUCUAACUAAUUUGAUCGUUCUCCUUUAAAAACCGCGAGUGCAGCUUGUUAGCCCGUUAGC